CGCCGCUGCAUCGAUAGCUGCCCGUCGAUCGGGUAAUGUAAAUAAGCCCUGAGUAUGUUGCCUCUAUGGCACUGGCUGAGUGACUUCAAAAUGGUGACUCAGAGCAAGUGGAGGUAAAAUGUAUAACCAGUAGAAUUUAUGGCUAAUUUAUACUCCCCCCGUUCCAAAUCCUGCCUCCCUGAGUAUCUAUCUGAGGUGAAUCCCAGCCUUUUUUUGCCAGGGGUUUUCUGUAGCAGACUCCUCAUAAAGUCCGUUUACAUCUAUCCCUCUGUCCCUCUUUUAUCCUCUCCUUUUCUCUCUGACUACUUCUUCUCUUCCCGCCCCAACAUAAAACAAAUACACAGACCUUUUAGGUACAUGUCCUUUGCUGGGGGAGCAAGUCCCGCCCCUUGCAUCUGGGCCAUGACAUGGGAAAUGUUUAUUAUGGUCCAACACCAGCAGCUUUUUCCUUCCUUCUGCAGUUGCGCAAUGGGCCUUUCAGCGCAGCUGGUGCUGAGCAGUGGUUGCUUGUUGUUUCAGGUGGCAGUGACACCUGAUCAGGUGGCCAAAUAUUUCUCUGAGGAGAAUGGGACUCUCUUCGAUGAAGGGAAGUAGGACUUCUGCAGGGAUACCAUGCAGGAAAUUUACUAUACUCUAGUCUCCCUGGGUAAAGCUAUACUUUCUCUUGUUUGCUAGAAUGCUCUGUGAAGUUCCCAGUUUGGCUUUUGCUCAGGGCUCUUCUCUGUCUUUUAUAUUUCUGGUGGAUCAACACCCUGUGUGAAAGGAAACUUCAAAACGCUAUGUGAGUGCAAAUCCACCCAAUUCAUCCCAAUGCCAAGAAUUUUCUAAGGAGGAAGAAUGGCUCUGUGUUUUGUGUCUUUGUCAGUGUACUGAAAUGAUACGUAUGAAGAAUUAUUCUACUCCCCUCCUACCCCAGUGCCAGACACAUGCUCAUAAUAAGAUUGGCUUCAUCCUGGAAAGGGAGCGCUGGUCUUUCAAGGCUGAGGAAGCCAUUCUCCAUUCCAAUGCGGUGCACUGUUCAGGAACUGGCAAGUGGCAUAAUAAGUGUGCACCAUGAGUCCCUAUGUAGGGAAGUUGUGAUAGCUUCUAAACAUCUUCCCAUCAGUUUUGGAUUACAUGUCCACUCCAACAAAGAAUGGGUGUGAGUUUAACCUCACAAGGCCAUAUUCUAAUUUACUUACGCAUGCUGAGUAGUAUCUUACUCCACGGAUACUCCCUCUGGAGUCAGUAGGACUAUUUAUGGAGAAAGCUCUAGGCCAAUAUGAGUAAAGGUGUCAGAAUCUGGUCCAUGGUCUUCUUUGUAAGUCCUCAGUGAUUUGUUUCCUAAACAGUGAUAUCACCUGCUUUUCUUCCUGUGAUCAGGAAUUACGAUAUCCAAACCUGAUGUGAUCUCCUGUAUGAAACAAGGGGAAGAGACUUGUUUUCCAAAUCUCCAGGUCUCUGUGGAUACGGUGAUCCCGAAAGGUUUCUCUUCAGGGGAGGAAUGAGCAUAAGCAAUCUGAAACAAUUAGAGUAUAAAUAAGAAGAUGGAAUUUCAGAAAAGCCAGCAUGAGACCUUCAGAUUCUGUCUCAAAUAAUAUAGUCCUCUCUUGUUCCAAUUGCCGUCAUAUCCUUGUUGCAGAUGUCACGCAGGGCUUUUUAUCAGUACUGAUUGACGUCCUUCCCUGCACCUUAAUAUUCAAAUGGGGUUUAUAAGCACAAUUUGUCCCCUUCUGACACUCUGAUCAAGAAUUAUGAAGAUUUGGCUCCUAAAUAUUUAUCCCUCUUAUCUUAUUCUGAUUUGGGAUUGUGAUUUUGAAGUUUACCUAUUCCGCACUUGUAUUUGUCCCAAGUACACAGAUCAUGUGCGUAUUUUCUUUUUAUUCCAAAAGAUGAGGCAUUCUUGAUGGAGAGGCUUCUGCUGGAUUCUCCUUCUCAUAAAGGAGCUGAGCCAGUGGAAACACAAGAGACAUUGUUGGAAAGAUCCAACAAUACUAUUUCCCAAACUUCUGACUGGGGAAAAGUCUACGACAGUGAGUGCAAGUCAGAAAGUGAGACGAAAACCCCUGUGUGGAAGAGCCACGGUAAAACCACUCACCAGGAAAUAAGUUUCAAGAACCUCAAAGAAAUGAGUCUUUGCCAGAAAUCCCCCAUAGGGGAGAGACUGGGCACAUGGAGCGAAUGUAGGGAAAACAUCAAUCAGAGCUUGGAGCUUAUUCAACAUCAGAGAACCCACAUGGGAGAGAGAGCUGUUAAAUAUACUGAGUGUGGGAAAAGCUUCCAGGAGAGCUCCCCACUUACAUCUCAUCAGAGACUUCACAGAGGAGAGGCACCCUACAGAGGUAAGGUGUGUGGGAAAAGCUUCAGUGCCAACACGGACCUCGUUAACCGCCAGAGAACCCAUGCAGGAGAGAGAUGCUACCAGUGUGCUGAGUGCGGGAAAAGCUUUGGUCAGCGUUCCCAUUUUAUCAAGCACCAGAGAACCCACAAAGGGGAGAGAUCCUAUACAUGCCCUGAGUGUGGGAAGAGCUUCAGCACCAACAUGCACCUUAUUAACCACCAGCGGAUCCACAUGAGAGAGAGACCCUGCCAGUGUGCUGAGUGCAGGAAGGGCUUCAGCCAGCGCUCGCGCCUCAUUCAUCAUCAGAGCACCCACUCGGGAAAGAAACCCUACACUUGUAAGGAGUGUGGGAAAAGCUUCAUUCAGAGCUCAGACCUCCUGCGACACCAGAUACUCAUGACACUCACAAGGGUAAGAGACCCUAUAAAUGCCCCCAGUGCGGGAAAAGCUUCAGCCAGAGAGUACACCUUGUUAGAUAUCAGAGAAUCCACAAAGGGGAAAGCCCCUAUAGAUGUACACAGUGUGGGGAAAGCCUCCGAAACAAGGCGCUUCUGUUAUUGCAUCAGAGUCUCCACGUGGAGUGGAAAUCAGGGGGCAGCUUCAUUUUUAGGUGCAUCAGUCAUUCUUCCAAUUAACAAAAUACAUCCUCUGGAGCAGAGAGCAUUGGAGGGAGAGCAAGCAUGUUCCUGA